AUGACGAUAACGUCGCAGUUGCUGGGCGCGUCCGGUCGCCACCUUAGCAAGCGCUACACCAUCAACCCGCUGGGAUACAAGUGGCCGCACCGAAACAUCACGUACAGGUUGGAGUCGUUUCCCGACACGCUGAGCGCCGACGCCACCAGGAAGGCAUUCGGCUUGGCUUUCUCCAUAUGGAGCGACGUGUCCCCGCUCAGCUUCACCGAAGUCCACAACCGCACAGCCGACAUUACCGUCGGUUUCUACGCGUCCAACCACUCGGACUGCUGGUCGUCGCCUCUGCACCCGUGUUUCGACGGCGCCAACGGCGAGUUGGCGCACGCUUUCCUUCCGCCGCGCGGUGAGAUCCACUUGGACAAGCACGAGUUCUGGAUCGUCGGGAGGUCCAGGUUCAGCUGGAGACACGGCGUGUGGCUGAACGACCUGGUGCAGGUGGCCGCGCACGAGAUCGGCCACGCGCUGGGCCUGUGGCACUCGGCCGACCCGCGCGCCCUCAUGCACCCGAACGCCACCUUCACCGGCCAGAGGAACGUCGGGCGAGACGACGUCCGGGCCAUACGGAGGCUCUACGGCUGCGUGGACAAGAAGCGCGCGUGCGCCGCUUGGGCCGGCUCGGGCUGGUGCGAGCGUCGCCGGCGCUUCAUGAACAAGAACUGCCCGCGCCGCUGCCACCUGUGCUUCGAGCCGCCGGACGCCGCGGCCACGCCGACGCCGCCCCCCAACGUCAAGGUGAAAGUGGUCCCUCGGGGGAAGGUGGUGGGCUUUCGCUGCGGCACCAAGAACCUGUCGUCGCCUCCCGACGUCAGCUGGUACAAAGACGGCGAGCGCAUCGCGGCGUCCGUCCCGGGCCACAUCGCGCUGAAAGGCCGCGACCUCCGAAUCGUGGCCAACGAGUUCAACGAGGGCGUGUACACCUGCCGUCUCCGCCGACGGCGCCGCGGCGACGCCGUGGCCGCCGACUCCUGGAGCAUCCGACUGAGCGACGCCGGAGGAGCGUGA